AUGGAAGAAGUUAUUACAAGACUAUCCAAAUUUCAAGGAUUAUUUAAUAAAGUUUUUAAGAUGUAACUCUCAAUCAUGGGUAUAUGCAUUUACGAGCAAAUAUUUUACAGCUGGUAUACAGUCGAUCUCUUGUAAUGAUAGUGAAAAUUCAACAUUAAAAUGGUUUUUUGGAGGGUCAAACCUUUCAUUAUCAGACAAUCCCGCAAAUAAGACCCAAAAUGCAGCAAAAUCUAUUUUCAAAUCAGUGGUAAAGCAAUUAAACAAAUUUGUAAUGCUAAAUGUUAUAAAGAAGCAAAAGAAACAAAUAAACUUAAGACUAUACUACUAUGCUGUAGAAAUUGAUUUUGAAGUUGUACGUUCUAUGGAAAAGCAUUGGUAUAAGGAUGUAUUGCAAGGAACUAAUAUAUUAAAUAGCGAAUUUGUAGUUAUUUCUCUAAAUAAAUUAGUAUCAAAAACACAUUCUCUCCUGAUAAGAUUCUUACAAUCAUCAAAUUUAUGUAAAUUUAAUACCAAUCAGAUUAAAAAAGCUGCUAUCUCAGAUAAUAAAAUAUUUAAAGCUAUAUUAAAGAAAUGUAAAUUUGGUGAACUUUGGGAUCUAAGAAGAAAGAUAAUGAUAGGUGCUAUUGAGAAUAAAAAUAAGGAUAAUUAUCAUGAACUUCUUGAAUUUUUUUCAUCAAUUCAGAGAAGAUCAUUUCAGAGAAUUAUUAAUGACAAUUAUGAUCUUAACAUUAAUAAUAGUAAUGUUAUAAUGGAUAUUCAAAAUCCUGUUAAACGAAAACUAAAAGGCCAUCCUAAAACAAAGAGAAUUAAAAGUAUUAUAGAAGAAUCUAACAUCAAGACCUAA